GACCAACCAGCCUCCCGUCAGAGAGGGGCAUGCGCAGUGCAUGCCUCCCAUCUCUUCUACCCGAGCCCCCCCUCCCCCCCCAAGCAGAGACCCCAGCAGCAGCAGCAGCAGCUGAUGAUGAAGAGAGAGGCGGUGGCAGAGGGGGGGCACCUUUUAUUUCUAUUUUUAAAGAGACAGGACACUAAUUUUACCCCCACUUCAACCUUGAAUUGAGGGGGGGGGUGGGGGGAAGGCGGCUGAGUUCCUUCCCCCACCCUCCAGCCCGGAGCCCUGAGAAGAGAGGAUUGGAGCCUGAGAGAGAAGGAAAAGGAGUUUCUUCUUCUUUUUCUUCUUCGAAAACCCCCCUCCACGACUCUUGCCCCCCCACCCCCCUCACCCCACCACUAGCCUCCCUCCCGAGUUCCCCUCCACCCUCCUCCUCUUUGGCCCUGAGAGGAGAGAAAGAGACCCAAAGCCUCUUAGCAACACAGACCCUGCUCUGCUGCUGCUGCUGCUGCUGCUGCUGCUGCUGCUGCUGCUGCUGCCGCCGGUGCCGCCGCCGCUGCCGCUGCCGCCUGGCCCUGGCUGGAGACAUCGCACUACACCCGGGAGCAGCCACUUCCCUGCUCGCCGCCGCCUCCUCCUCCUCCUCCUCCUCCACCCCCUUUAUUACCCUUUGUGUCAUCCUCCACAGCUCCAGGGAAGGCACUCAAAAGUGGGGGGCAGGAAAGAUGUAUAUUGAAGAUACCAGCUUCUGUAUGUGGGAAGUAGAUACAGAAGUUCUUAUGGUUUACAGACAAAGUCUUUAGAAGAUAGACACUCCAGGUAAAGAGAAGAAACACUCCCUUGUAGACACUUGUAGGAGAAUAGAGGGUCUACGGGUUUGCAGCCUGCAUGAUAGCUCUCAGUACCACAAUACUGAUGUUUGCGCCAGUCUCUCUCCAGAAGAGCUUGGAAACCCACGUACCUACAGAGUCCAGGCUGGUGGGAAUGAAGCAAGAAGCCACUGCAGUGAGCUGGAGAGCCAAGUCCUUUGUGAAGGAGCAGCCACUGCUCCGUUCCAGAUAAUUGUCACGUGGCAGGAGUGUUGGCCUAAUAUGACCACAGUGUCCAGUUUCUCAGGCUACAUUAUUGGAAUUUUGAAGACAUGAAAACAUCAGAUGAACCAACCUGCAAUAUCUUGGAUUCGGUUUGGAAGAUGAAGAGAAAGCUUAAAGAGUGUGGCCUUUAAAGGCGUGUAGUAGAACCUGGAUAUAUUAAUCGACUCGCACAGUAAAAAUGAGACCAGUUUAUAAACCAUAAAGGUUAUCUUAGUCCAACAGCAAGGUUCAAGACAAAAAUGUUGAACUGAAAACUUUACACUCCGCCCCUCCCCACUUCAGACAAGUACCAGCAUUGGUGAAUAUGAUUUUCUUAGUCAGAAGCAUUCAUUUGUACCCAUGUGACCAUCCUUAGGAAUUAAAUAUUGGUUAUUUAAUAUAGAUUAUAAUGGGAAACUGAUUUAUUUUCCCACAAUGGCAGAUUUCAAGGACUCGGUUCCAAACUGAGCCAAAGCUUUCCAAUGCAUUCUGUAUAGUCUGAGAAAAACUGUGCUGCAUUGGCCAGUUUUGAAGGCCAUCAUGCCCUGUAUUAUAAGGAUAUCAUCUUAUUGCUGAUAUCUUUGGAGAGUCCCAAGCAGACACAGAAAAUGAAUGGAGGCAAGGAGUAUGAUGGAGAGGGAAAGGAUGGAGGCCUUCCAGCUAUACAAGUUCCUGUGGGCUGGCGACGACGUGUGGAUCAAAAUGGAGUGCUUUAUGUCAGUCCCAGUGGGUCUUUGUUAUCUUGCUUGGAGCAGGUUAAAACAUACCUGCUUACUGAUGGAACAUGCAAGUGUGGCUUGGAAUGUCCUCUUAUUCUUCCCAAGGUAUUUAAUUUUGAUCCUGGAGCUGCUGUGAAACAGAGAACAGCAGAAGAUGUUAAAGCAGAUGAAGAUGUCACAAAGCUGUGCAUACAUAAGAGGAAAAUCAUUGCAGUGGCCACACUUCAUAAAAGCAUGGAAGCCCCACACCCUUCUCUGGCGCUCACCAGUCCUGGAGGAGGAACAAAUGCAACUCCAGUAGUACCUUCCCGGGCAGCCACUCCAAGAUCUGUAAGAAAUAAAGCUCACGAAGGGAUUACAAAUUCUGUACUGCCUGAAUGUAAGAAUGCUUUCAAGUUAAUGAUGGGAUCAUCCAAUGCCAUGGGAAGGCUGUAUGUACAAGAACUGCCUGGAAGCCGGCAACAAGAGCUCCACCCUGUCUACCCCCGGCAGAGACUGGGCAGCGGUGAGCAUGGGCAGAAAUCUCCAUUCCGGGGCAACCAUGGAGGCCUGCCCAGCCCAGCGUCAUCAGGUUCCCAGAUAUAUGGAGAUGGCUCAAUCUCUCCAAGGACUGACCCACUUGGAAGCCCAGAUGUCUUCACAAGAAAUAAUCCUGGCUUUCAUGGAGCUCCCAACUCCAGUCCUAUUCACCUGAGUAGGACUCCUCUUUCUCCACCUUCAGUAAUGCUACAUGGUUCUCCUAUACAGUCAUCCUGUGCAAUGGCUGGAAGGACUAAUAUACCUCUUUCCCCAACCUUGACUACAAAGAGUCCAGUAAUGAAAAAACCAAUGUGUAAUUUUUCAACCAAUAUGGAAAUACCACGAGCAAUGUUCCACCACAAACCCCCCCAAGGCCCACCUCCCCCUCCUCCACCUUGUUGUGCUCUUCAGAAAAAGCCAUUAACAUCUGAGAAAGAUCCACUUGGCAUUCUUGACCCCAUUCCUAGUAAACCAGUGAAUCAGAACCCUGUUAUCAUUAACCCAACUAGUUUCCAUUCAAAUGUCCACUCUCAGGUACCUGUGAUGAAUGUAAGCAUGCCUCCUGCUGUUGUUCCUUUGCCAAGUAAUCUCCCAUUGCCAACUGUAAAACCUGGUCACAUGAAUCAUGGGAGUCAUGUACAAAGAGUUCAGCAUUCAGCUUCAACCUCCCUGUCCCCUUCUCCAGUGACAUCCCCAGUGCAUACGAUGGGGACUGGGAUUGGAAGGAUUGAGGCAUCGCCCCAAAGAUCACGCUCAUCUUCCACAUCAUCAGAUCACGGAAAUUUCAUGAUGCCACCUCUAGGACCUCAGGCCACUUGCAGUGGUAUUAAGGUUCCGCCCAGGUCACCAAGGUCAACAAUAGGGUCUCCAAGGCCGUCAAUGCCAUCAAGUCCUUCUACCAAGUCCGAUGGGCACCAUCAGUACAAGGAUAUCCCUAACCCAUUAAUUGCUGGAAUGAGUAAUGUACUAAAUACCCCAAGCAGUGCAGCUUUUUCUACUGCAUCUGCUGGAAGUGGUUCGGUAAAGAGUCAGCCUGGUUUGCUGGGAAUGCCUUUAAAUCAGAUCUUGAACCAGCACAAUGCUGCCUCCUUUCCAGCAAGUAGUUUACUCUCAGCAGCAGCCAAAGCACAGCUAGCAAAUCAAAACAAACUUGCUGGUAACAACAGUAGCAACAGUAGCAAUUCUGGAGCUGUUGCUGGCAAUGGCAACACUGAAGGACACAGCACUUUAAACACCAUGUUCCCUCCUACUGCCAACAUGCUUCUCCCUACAGGUGAAGGGCAAAGUGGUCGAGCAGCACUAAGAGAUAAGCUGAUGUCUCAGCAAAAAGACUCGUUACGGAAAAGAAAACAGCCACCUACCACAGUGUUGAGUUUGCUCAGACAGUCUCAAAUGGAUAGUCCUGCAGUUCCCAAACCUGGACCUGACCUGCUAAGAAAGCAGGGCCAGGGUUCAUUUCCCAUCAGUUCAAUGUCUCAGUUACUACAGUCCAUGAGUUGUCAGAGCUCUCACUUGAGUAGCAAUAGUACCCCGGGUUGUGGGGGCUCAAAUACUGCUUUGCCUUGCUCUGCUAACCAGCUGCAUUUCACAGAUCCCAAUAUGAACUCCGGUGUUCUUCAAAAUUCACUGACACAGAACAUACCUUUGAGAGGGGAAGCCGUGCACUGCCACACUGCAAACACUAACUUUGUUCACAGUAACAGUCCAGUCCCAAACCACCAUCUUGCAGGUAUCAUAAAUCAGAUUCAGGCUAGCGGGAACUGUGGGAUGCUCAGUCAGAUGGGCACGGCUUUAGGAAAUUCAUUACAUCCCAAUCCACCUCAGUCAAGAAUUUCAACGUCCUCCACUCCAGUGAUACCAAACAGCAUUGUUAGCAGCUAUAAUCAAACAAGUUCUGAAGCAGGCGGUUCAGGACCAUCAUCUUCCAUAGCCAUAGCUGGCACCAACCACCCUGCCAUCACAAAGACAACAUCUGUUCUUCAAGAUGGUGUAAUAGUCACCACUGCAGCUGGAAACCCACUGCAGAGUCAGCUGUCCAUUGGGAGUGAUUUUCCUUUUGUUGGCCAAGAGCACGCACUUCAUUUUCCACCCAACAGCACUUCAAACAACCAUCUUCCACACCCCUUGAACCCCAGCCUCCUCAGUUCUCUACCUAUCUCUUUGCCAGUGAAUCAACAGCAUCUCCUAAACCAGAAUCUAUUAAAUAUCCUCCAGCCUUCAGCAGCAGAAGGCAAGUCUGAGAUCAACCUCCACCCUUUAGGUUUCCUCAACCCAAAUGUAAACGCUGCUUUAGCUUUUCUCUCCGCUGACAUGGAUGGGCAGUUAUUGCAACCUGUUUACUUUCAGCUCUUAGCAGCCCUGCUUCAGAACCAAGCCCAAGCAGCUGCCAUGCUCCCCCUGCCAUCUUUCAAUCUGACCAUCUCAGAUCUUUUGCAACAGCAAAAUACCCCUUUACCCUCAUUAAUACAGAUGACAACCCCACCAGAUCAUUUGCCAAGCAAUCAGUCAGAGAACAGCCGAGCUGAGACCCUUUUAACCAGCCCCUUGGGGAACCCUAUCCCAAGCUUUGCAGGCAGUGACACUACUUUUAACCCCCUGUUCCUCCCAGCUGACACUGGGGCCUCGGGAUUAAUGGCCUUGAAUCCCCAGCUAUUGGGAGGUGUCCUGAACUCGGCAUCAGCCAACUCUGCUAAUCAUCCAGAGGUUUCCAUAGCAACUUCCUCCCAGGCCACCACUACCACAACCACUACAUCAUCAGCAGUGGCAGCACUGACUGUCUCAACACUUGGUGGGACAGCAGUGGUGUCAAUGGCAGAAACAUUGCUGAAUGUAUCUAAUAAUGCUGGGAACACACCUGGUCCAGCUAAACUCAACAGUAACUCUGUGGUACCACAGCUACUUAACCCUCUACUGGGGACAGGUCUGCUUGGUGACAUGUCCUCAAUAAACAAUACCUUGAAUAACCAUCAGCUGACUCACCUACAAUCGCUGUUAAACAACAAUCAGAUGUUUCCUCCAAAUCAGCAACAGCAGCAACUUCUCCAGGGGUACCAGAACCUCCAGGCAUUUCCAGGACAGCCCACAGUUCCUUGCCCAGCUAACAAUAACCCCAUGGCUUGUCUGUUUCAGAACUUCCAGGUGAGGAUGCAGGAAGAUGCAGCUCUCCUAAACAAAAGAAUAAGCACUCAGCCGGGGCUCACAGUACUUCCUGAGCAUCCCAGCACUGCACUUCCACCUUUUCAAGACGCAGCCUGUGAGUUGCAACCAAGGCUGGACCCCCCCCUUGGCCAGCAGGUGAAGGACGGCCUCGUUGUGGGCAGCCCAGGUGAUGCAUCUGUAGAUGCCAUUUACAAAGCGGUUGUGGAUGCGGCCGGUAAAGGGAUGCAGGUUGUCAUCACCACUGCGGUCAACAGCACCACCCAGAUCAGCCCCAUCCCAGCUCUGAGUGCCAUGAGUGCCUUCACUGCCUCCAUCGGCGACCCAUUAAGUCUCCCCAGUGCGGUCAGUGCGGUCAUUCAUGGGCGAAACAUGGGCAGCGUGGAUCCCGAUGGCAGGCUGAGGACCGCCAGAGGGGCUCGGCUGCCCAGGAAUCUGGACCACGGGAAAAACUCAAACGAUGCAGAUGGGUAUGAAUAUUUCAAAUCAUCAAGUUGCCACGUGUCCAGAAAACAGUGGGAUGGGGAGCAAAGCCCCGGCGGGGAGCGGAACAGGUGGAAAUGUGAGGAAUUUUUAGAUCACCCAGGCCACAUUCACAGUAGUCCUUGUCACGACAGGUCCAACAAUGUCUCUUCACUGCCAUUUCUGCCUGGGGAGCACCACCCAAUACUGUUACCACCAAGAAACUGUCAAGGGGAGAAAAUUCUGGAGGAAAAUUUCAGGUAUAAUAACUACAAAAGAACUAUGAUGAGUUUUAAAGAGAGACUAGAGAACACUGUGGAAAAAUGUGUACACAUGAAUGGGAACAGGCCUUUCCAGAGCCGGGGUUUCGGAGAAUUGCUCAGCACCACAAAGCAAGACCUGGUCCUGGAGGAGCAGUCUCCAAGUUCCUCAAACAGUCUGGAAAGUUCUCUGGUCAAAGACUACAUCCAUUACAAUGGAGACUUCAAUGCCAAAAGCAUUAACGGGUGUGUGCCUAGCCCUUCAGACGCUAAAAGCAUCAGCAGUGAAGAGGAUCUAAGGAAUCCAGACUCCCCUUCUUCAAAUGAUUUGAUACGUUACCGACCAAGGACGUUCAAUGUUGGCGACUUGGUCUGGGGCCAAAUCAAAGGACUGACUUCCUGGCCUGGAAAACUAGUCAGAGAAGAUGAUGUUCGCAAUUCAUGUCAACAGAGCCCCGAGGAAGGGAAGGUGGAGCCCGAGAAGCUGAAGACACUCACAGAAGGUUUAGAAGCCUACAGCCGAGCCCGGAAAAGGAACAGAAAAAGUGGAAAGUUAAAUAACCAUUUAGAAGCUGCUAUUCAUGAGGCCAUGAGUGAACUGGACAAAAUGUCUGGGACUGUUCACCAAAUCCCACAGGGAGACAGACAAAUGAGACCCCCCAAGCCCAAGAGAAGGAAGAUCUCCAGAUAACAGACACUACUCCACCAACACACAGUGUUUAUUAAAGGGACAUGCACAGAAGUACUAUAGAUCAGUAUUGAUACAGCCACUGUUCUAUCAAUGUUUGUACGAUUGCAGAGAGCUACCACCACUACAGGGUGCUAAAAGAAACCAUGAUACACUAUAUUUUUGAUCAGGAAGGAUGAUAAGGAAUGUUCAAAAACAAAACAAAACAAAACAAAACAAACAAACAAACAAAAAACAAUUAAAAAAAAUCCCUGAAUGAUGAGAGUGAUAAAUGGUCAAGCAAUCAAUGAGAGACCCUUUUUCUAUAACAUGAAGAUUGUGAUUAUAAGAAAUAGUCCAAAUGUUUCUGAAGAAUUUUCAAUGUUGUAUAGAAAAACCACAGAAUUUCAUGGUGAUAUCAGAAAUGUAAAUAUUGUAUCAUAUUGUCAUGUAUAAGCGUACCUAAUGCACACUUUAUCUUUUAUUGUACAAAGAAAUAGUGUACAAAAUUCUUUGAUUUCUAUGGAGUACACCGACCAGAGACUACCAGUGUAAAGCGAUAAAUAAAAAUACGACCUAAAUGCUUUUCUAUGAUAAUAUAAAAGAUGCUGUUUUUGUAUUUAACAGCAGUGAACAGGCAUGAUGAUGCAUUAACUGACUUAAGACAUACCCUACACACCUCCGAGUGUUCAUGUAUAUUGUCUGUUUGCAAUGGGCUUUAUUGGAAGCGCUAGACUUGAUUUGGGGUGUUUAGGAAUUUGAAACCUAGCGGAUUUCUAAAGGGAUGAGGGCUCACAGGUCUAAAUUAAGAACUCAGAAACUGCAACCAUUUGUUGCAUAUUUUUUUUAAAAAUCUAAGUUUUAAAGUAGAAUAGAUUUUAUAUAAAAAAAUCUUAGAUGGAAUAUUUUACUCAGUCAUUUCUGUAGUUAAUGUCUGAUGGCCACCUACUGACCUGCUAGCUUACUUAUUGCACCGACAUUGAUGCUCAGAGUUGAGGUGUGUUUUUUUUGUUUGUUUGUUUGGUUUUUUUUGGUUGUUCGUUUUUUAAACAAUACUUGAUAUUAUAUGUUUCUAUACAAGGAGGCCAAAGCCCCACUUUGAACUAAGAGGUUAAGGUUCACUAUAGUUCAGGAUUUUUUUGUAGUGGUAAAAAUAAAUACGAAUCAUUAAAACAAGUAUACCUAUUCAUCAGUAUUACUUAAACCAGAAGUUAAGGUGGCUUACAAAAUGGUUAGCAAUGAUAAUUUUUUAUCAGUAUUAUGUAACAUAUCAGAUUUAUUUUAUUUAACGAAUUAUUUAUACCAUUAACAGAUUCUUAUAUAUAUAUUGAUGUGGCUGAAAUGUGCAGGUUAAAUCUAUUAACCAAAUUAUUUAUAUUAUAUUACGUAAGAAAAAAAUGUGAAACAAAUGUAGAUAGAAAGUACUACAUUGCGAGUAUACAAACCUGAAACUGUGAGCCAUUGUAAAGUGUAAGGUGAUCAAUAAGAAAUGUAGCACAACAUCAUUUUCCGUCUUUUUUUCAGUUUUUGUGGUGGUGGUGGUCUAACUCUCCCAGGCAAUGGAACGGAUGGUUUUUGAUAAAU